AGACAGCCUGGGCGCUGGCGGAGCGGCCGCCCGAGGGAGAAGACACUUAGGAUGCCCAUGGUGACGCGGAGGCUGAGGGAUCCUGACGUAAACCCUUGCUUGUCGGAAUCGGACGCGUCUAACAGAUGCAUGGCCGAAAAUAACUAUGACAAGGAGAGCUGUUCCUCUCACUUCUUGAAGUACAAGAACUGCCGGAAGUUCUGGAACUCUGUCAUGAUCCAGAGAAGACAGAACGGAGUGAAGCCGCCCAUGCCCACGGCCGCAGAGAGAGACGAGAUCUUAGGAGCAAUGGGGAAGAUGCCCUAUUGAGUGUUUGCAUUAAAAUUGUUUAUUUAACUUAAAAAAA